ACGUGAGAGAACAUGGUUACCAUGUGACGUAUGUAAGAAGAAGUUUGAUCGUCCAUCUUUAUUAAAACGUCACAUGAGAACUCAUACAGGAGAAAAACCACAUGUUUGUGAAACAUGUAAUAAAGCAUUCUCGACAUCCAGUUCACUCAACACUCAUCGUCGUAUCCAUUCUGGAGAAAAACCACAUAUUUGUAAUAUUUGUGGUAAAAAGUUUACAGCUAGUUCUAAUCUGUAUUAUCAUCGUAUGACACACAACAAGAACAGCGGUGACAGACCACAUCAAUGUUUGACCUGUAAUAAGAGUUUCUCUCUGGCAUGUAAUCUCAAAACUCACAUGAAAAUUCACGAAGAAAAUGUAGAUCUUGUGAUUAAAUAG